CGCAGCCGCCGAGGGGCCGCCUUCCUGCCGGCGUCGCUCCUCCUCCGGCCGGGCAAUAUGGUGGCGGAGGCGGCGCGGGGGGAGCCGUGAGCCGGUGAGCCGAGAGCCUUCUCUCCUUCCCGGCGUUGGCUGCCGCUGCUGCUGCUUCCCCGCCCGCCUGGCGGGUCUGGCCGGCGCGGCGGGCGAUGCGGUCGGCGGGGCGACUGGGCUGUGUGUGAGCGCCGCUGCCCAUGUGGGUGUCCCGGUGAGGCCGGGGGGGCAGAAGCGGCGGGAAGAUGCUGCUGUCGCUGGUGCUGCACACCUACUCCAUGCGCUACGUCCUGCCCGCCGCCGUCAUGAUGGGCACGGCGCCCACCUACGUGCUGGCCUGGGGCGCUUGGCGCCUCCUCUCUGCCCUGCUGCCCGCCCGCUUCUACCGCGAGGUGGACGAUCGCCUCUACACCAUCUACCAGAGCAUGGUGCUCUUCUUCUUCGAGAACUACACCGGCGUGCAGGUAGUAAUCUACGGGGAUUUGCCAAAAAAUAAAGAAAAUGUAAUAUAUUUAUCAAAUCAUCAGUGUACAGUUGAUUGGAUUAUUGCAGACAUGCUGGCAAUUAGGCAGAAUGCUCUCGGGCACGUCCGGUAUGUCUUGAAAGAUGGGUUAAAAUGGCUUCCACUGUACGGGUGGUAUUUUUCACAGCAUGGAGGAGUCUAUGUAAAAAGAAGUGCCAAAUUCAAUGAAAAAGAAAUGAGAGAGAAGUUGCGGGCCCAGAUGAAAGCUGAGACUCCGAUGUAUUUAGUGAUUUUUCCAGAGGGGACUCGUUACAAUCCAGAAAUACCAAAAGUCAUUGCAGAUAGUCAAUCAUUUGCUGAAAAGGAAGGACUUGCUAUACUGAAGCAUGUGCUAACGCCACGCGUGAAGGCAACUCAUGUCGCCAUUGACACAAUGAAAGACUAUCUGGAUGCUGUGUAUGAUGUGACUGUAGCUUAUGAAGGUACUGUGGACCACAAAGGGCAAAGAAAACUGGCACCAUCUAUGACAGAGUUUCUUUGCAAGGAAUGCCCGAGAGUUCACAUUUUCAUUGAUCGAAUUGAACUGAAGGACAUUCCAGAAGAGCAGAUGUACAUGAGAAGGUGGCUUCAUGAACGCUUUGAAAUAAAGGAUAAGUUACUAAUAGAGUUUUAUGAUGCAAAGGAUUCUAAAAGAAGAAAUAAGUUCCCUGAAAAAAGUGUUCAUUCCAAACUAAGCCUCAAGAAAACUUUGCCAUCUUUGCUGUUUUUAGGUGGCCUGACUGCUAGUAUGCUUCUGACAGAAUCCGGAAGGAAACUUUAUGUAAAAACGUGGAUAUAUGGGACUUUACUCGGCUGCCUGUGGGUUAGCAUUAAACCAUAAGCAGAUGUUAGUCUCCAGUCGGUGAAAUGUGCAGUCUUUUCUUGCGCAUUGCACCAAACUUUUUCCUGACUUUAUAGUUUAAAAAGUGUAAAUAAAGCCUUAUUGAUCGAACAUUGGAAAUAAUAGAAUUUGUGACUUAAGCCUCUGUGUGGUUGGUCUGGGGAAAAUAAAUGUAGAUUUUCAAAGUUGCUACUGAUUUUUGCUGGAAUAAUGACAGAUAAACCGAGUCAUAUGAUAAAUUGCAUUCCCCAUGAACUAACAUCCAUCUCUAAAUGCAGAUUCGAUGAAGUAUGAGUUAUGCAUAAGGGUGUCUUAAGUGGACCUGUGAAUGUAUUUACAGAGAUUAAUUUAGGGUAUAUAUUUAUUCUUCUGAUAUUCAUGUUGAAUUUUCGUUACUCUUAGAUGCAACUGAGCUGCUGCAAUGCACCAACCCCAGCUGUAUCGCAACUAAAAUCAAAACUUUUUUUUUUUUAAUUUUGCUUUUCAGUUUUAGCUAAAUACCGUGUUCUUGAAAAGGGACUACGUAAGCUAGCAAAUCUUGAGAUGUUACCUGAAGCAGAAUAAAAUGUUCCUGAGACCUGUUGUUCAUGGGGAAGAGGCUCUGUUUAUCUAGUGCAUGAUUUUUGAUUAUAUUGCAGUAUUAGCUGAUUAUUUUACAUAUGCAAAAACAUUAAAUUUUACUGAGGAAACAGCUUAUUUUGCGCACCCUGUAUUUGUGCAUUAAAGGAACGUAUGCGGUGUAAACGAAAUGUUAAGUUUUUGUUUCUGGCCUAACCAGACUGUCGCUUACCUUGUGUCUGCGUUACCCCUGGCGCCUCGAGAGCUUCAGCUGAGCUCACAGACCUCCCGUGUGUACGUGCCAUAAGCGGCGGGGAACGCUCAGAAGUUUCCUGUUACCUCACGACUUUCUGGAAGCAAACUGUCGUUUGGGAGUGUAAGGGUAUGGUAACGAGGAACCUUCAGAUGUUCCUGCUAAAUCCGAAGCAUGUGCCUUUUUCCUACUAAUCUGAUUUAGCCUGAUGUUUCAUAAUCUGGCCGUCGUCUCUGUGCUGUGAUAUCACACUCGAUUCUCAAAUCGUUGUAGGCGAUGCAGGCUGCAGUUGGAUUGGAGUUUACGGGGUUGAUGUGUACGAUUUGCACAAUAGACUAGUAGUGAAAGAAAUGCAUAUCCUGUCAGAAAAUACACUUUAAAAAGCAAAAUCAACAAACCCUUACUACCAGAAAGUUUUGUUGGGGAAACGCCAUUUCCUGAUAGCAAGGGAAUAGUCUGUAUGUGCAGCGGUGGGGUAGGAAAGAGGAUGUACUUCAUCUUCUUCCAUUAGGGAUUUGGGUUCCCUGUAUCAAAAUGAAAGAAUUAGAGAAUAUUUUUAUAUCACACUGGCAAGCUUUAAAUGUGCAUCACUUUUUAGCUUCAGUACGAUUUGUCUUGCAUUAGAGUCCAUCGCGAGUUAAAUGUCUCUUAAAAUUAUAACUCAGUUUUUCAGGUUCCACCAUUGCCAGUUAAUUAAAGAUACUGCUUUUACCAUGGGUUUGUUUUUUUUUUUUUUUUACUGUAUUUUAUAGAGUAAUUACAGUUCCACCUUAAAAUCAUCCGGUACAACAUUCAGUUUGCAGUUCUGUGUCCGUCCAUACUGGAGUUAUUUAUAUCGGUGAUUGAUUCAGGAUAUGUUGAUGAACCAUUUUAAAAACAAUGACUGGGAACAGUGUUGAAAAACAGUAUUGUUAUGAGGCUGUGAAACCAGAAGAAAAAAAAAAAGGAAAAAAAAAAACAAAAACCAACCAACCUAUUUUAUGUAACAGCCAAACGUGCUCCCAUGUAGCUCUUCCUAUUCUCAGCUGGCCGUUUCCAGUGGGUAUAACCAGCAGGCAGUGUGCCGCAGUUAGUGUGAUUUUUUUCAGUCAGGGAAUGAAAUUUUACUCUGACUUGACUAAAUUUCUUUGUAACAGCUAAGAAUAACAUUUAAUUACACAGCAAAAAUAAAUGCAAACUGCUUAAUUCAUUUGCAGAAAAAUAACUGCUAUUUUGGAGAGCCUAAUAGCCACGAAAUACUGGAUCUCUCUUGUUGUUUAAGUACCAGGAAUAUAAUUGACACCGUGCAACAAACAGGCAGGAUGUUUAUUUUCAACCUUAUUCUCUAUGUUAAUCUUAAUUAUUUUUUUUCUUGCGAUUAAUUUAUAAAGUUUUGAAACUGUAAUUUGCCUAUGUAUUUGAUGUUGGGAGUAUCACAUGCUAUUUCUAAAUAUGCACUGAUAUUAACUUGAAAGAUUUCUUCAUUAAAGCAAGAAGAGCCAGUGCUCAUUCAACUUUUC